CUUAUUUUUAUUAUGAUGUAUAUUAUUGCGUUUUAAGAAUGAUUUCUGGUACGUUUAAUUUGGUAUGGUUAUGCUACGAAAUAAAAACUAUCAGAAACUCCGUACAUUUACCUAGGUUGUGUAUGUGUGAUUUGGACAAAAUCAUUUGGUCUGAUUUGAAUGACUCAUGCCAAUGAUUCAUUUCAUCAUAAUAUCAAAAACUAAUAAACGGUAUUAAUUACUGACCUAAAUUGAUUGACUCGUAAUCGUAGUGUCGAUUUGUUAAGGCUUUUAACUGCUGUUGAAUUUAGGAAUACAAUGUGUGAACUGUGUUAAUGUUGAGAGAAAUAGACUUUAAAUUCCUUUAGAGUAAUACAAAUGUUCUAUUGUUAUUUAAAAUGAAUAGGAAGCAUCGAGAAACGAUUGAUUUGUAUUGUAACUACAUUGUGCCUAAAAUAGAUUUAACCAAAUUAUGGCCAAAAUUAUUAGAAAAUAAAGUUUUUAAUAGAGAUGAUGUGAAUGUUGUACGUUGGAAGGAGAGUCUCACGGAUGAAGCAACAAUACGAGACAUAUGUUUAACUAUAAAAACACGAGGACCAUUCGCAUUUGAUCGUUUCCUUGAAAGCCUUAGACAAAGUGGACACAAGAAUUUAGCUGAAACUUUAGAAGGGAAUAAAAUAAAAUUUUCUAAAAACCAUGUACAAACAAAUAUUAACGAAGAAAGUGCUAUAAAUGAUAACAUCGCUGAAGACACAAAUUUUGAUCCAAGCAUAGAAGAACAAGACAACUUCUUCCAUAACAUGCAGCUAUCGGAUGUACCCUUACAAGUUCAAGUACGAAAAGCUACAAAAUUUUUAGAUGGACCCGUAUACAAGAAUGUACAAAGAUAUCCAAUGCGCAGUAAACCUCGUGGAUUGGUUUUAAUAAUUACAAAUAUUAAUUACAAAUACCCAUAUGAGGAACCUAGAAGUUCUGCAGUACAUGACGAAGCGAAUCUGAAAAAUUUAUUUGAACAAAUGGGUUUUGAAGUUACUACAUGUGUCGAUUUAACAGGACAGCAAGUAACAGAGAAGGUGAAAGAAUUUUCUCAAAACAAAGACUUACGGAAAGUUGAUUCAUGCUUUGUUAUCAUUAGCAGUCACGGUAACAUAAACGCCAAUUACGAAGUAACAGAAAUAGGAGGUGUGGAUUAUGAUCCAGAAACUAAAGUACACAAAAAUUCCAAACCUGUUUUGUGCAUGGAUAUAUUGGACUACUUUACAUCAGCAGCUUGUCCCCAUCUUGCAGGAAAACCAAAGAUUUUUAUUUUUCAAUUAUGUAGAGGAGAUAAAUUGCAAACUUCGUUAAAAGUACCGAGGCAUACAACAGAUACUACUCAAUUACGAAUCAGUAAUUCAAACGAUGAAAUGAUUAAAGUUAAAAUGAAUGAUAACGAGGCAAUGAGGAAUUGUGCGGAUAUGUUUGUCGUACAUGCUACUCUUCCAGGACAUGUUGCUUUUCGGGAUAAAAUAACUGGCAGUUGGUUUAUACAAAUUUUGUGCGAAGUAUUUAUGAACUAUGCACAUACAACUCAUCUCCAGGAUUUACUAAAUAUGGUUGACGAGCGUUUAAAUAAACAGAGGACAAUGAAAAAUGAAUGCCAAACUUUAAUGGUAACAUCGAUAGGAUUUAAUAAACAUUGUUACCUCAACCCAGGCCUUUUUGAAGAAACAUAGUGAAGACUAUUCAAGAUAAGGUAGCCUUUAACACGUUGAGUGCCGUGGCAGGCAUCGGCUACUAAAUGCUUCGAAUAUACAAUGUUUCCUUAGAACUUGUACCACAAAUAAAUUCUAAUAUUUGUGAACUUUCACAUAACAUUAAAAACAUUAAGAAUAUUAUAAAAUAAUAAGUACACCAUUAAAAUAUUUAAUUAAAAUAAUAAAUUUGUAGUUUUCACAUAAUAAUUUGGAGAAAUACUGAUAAUUCAAAACGCCUUUGGGGCAUCCAGUGAAAAUGGGAAAACAUGACAAAUUCGAUCGGCACUCGACGUGUUAAAACAUAGUAUUAUCUCUUUGAGUUGCAGUACAAUCGAGAUCUGAGGGCCAGCAACUGAUAGGUUAAGGGAACGAAAUUUAAUAUUGUUUGUCUCCUCUUGGAGAAACGAGCCACUUUUGGUUCUAUAUUUAUAUUAGAGAAAAAGUACCAGACAGUAAUAGCAACUGAGAAACGUGUCUAGGAAACUGCUAAAGAGGUAACUCAUUUAUAACAUGGCACCACGCGCGUACGCCAGGAAACUCGUUCUGACUUAGCAAUUUUAGCAACUCGAAGAGAUUUACUAUGUAUUUAUUAAAAUUGUUAUUUUUAUAUUAGCUUAUCAUGAAUUAUCGAGGGAAUCGGAUGAACUUUAUUCAUCGGACGAACUCGGAUUGUUUUAUACUUUUUAUUACAUUUUAUAAAAUUGAUUAAGAAAUAUAUAAAUUUAUACGUAA